AUGGUACUAAAACGUGGUAGCCAGGGUUGCCACUGUGUGUAUCCAAUAAAGCUUGACCUUCUCCUUCUGAAUAUUUCGUCUAACCCAAAUUGGAAUGAUUUUCUAGAAGAAUUUGCUUCUCAACUUAGUUUACGGGUUUCUCAGAUUGAGUUAAUCAACUUUUAUGUAGUCACUGUCUCAAGACUCAAUAUUUCAAUGGACGUCACUCCACAUACGGGUAUCAGUUUCUCUGCCAGUGAAGCUUCUAGUAUUAAUUCUUCGCUUUCCAUGCAUAGGAUUCGUCUAGACCCCUCAUUAGUGGGUGAUUACAAACUUCUCAACUUCACUUGGUUUCAGCCACCGGUUCCUUCUCAGGCUCCUCUUAUUUCAAGGCCACCAGAGGAAGCACCACCAAACCUACCGUCUACUCCUACAUCUGUCAUCACUUCAAGUUCAAACCAAGGGAACCAUCUGAGCUUGAUUCUUAUUGUUGGAAUUGGUGCUGGCAUCCUGAUCAUUGCCAUCAUUUCUGUGCUUAUAAUUUGUUUACGUGCAUCUCAUCAAAGGAAGAAAAAGAUGUCUCCCAAAGAAACUGCAAAGUCGAGGACUUUGGAUGCGGUUCCAGCAGCAGGAUCUCUUCGCCACCCAACCAGUACUCGAUUUCUUACAUAUGAAGAACUCAAAUCAGCGACAAAUAACUUUGAAUCAGCCAGCAUACUUGGAGAGGGUGGCUUUGGCAGAGUUUUUAAGGGUACCUUAAGUGAUGGUACUGCUGUAGCAAUAAAAAGGCUUACUGGUGGAGGGCAACAAGGGGAUAAAGAGUUCUUAGUUGAGGUGGAGAUGCUUAGUAGGUUGCAUCACCGUAACCUUGUAAAACUUGUGGGUUAUUACAGCAGUCGCGACUCUUCACAAAGCCUACUUUGUUAUGAGCUCGUCCCAAAUGGAAGUUUGGAGGCAUGGCUCCAUGGUCCCUUGGGAGUAAACUGUCCUCUUGAUUGGGACACCAGAAUGAAGAUUGCCCUUGAUGCGGCUAGAGGACUUGCAUACUUGCAUGAGGACUCACAACCAUGUGUUAUCCACAGAGAUUUUAAGGCAUCCAAUAUAUUACUUGAGAAUAACUUCCAUGCUAAAGUUGCUGAUUUUGGCCUUGCAAAACAGGCACCUGAAGGCAGGGCAAAUUACCUGUCUACUCGUGUAAUGGGCACAUUUGGGUAUGUAGCCCCGGAGUAUGCUAUGACUGGGCAUCUCCUGGUGAAAAGCGAUGUCUAUAGCUAUGGCGUUGUCCUCCUUGAGUUGUUAACAGGAAGGAAGCCUGUGGAUAUGUCACAACCAUCCGGACAAGAGAAUCUUGUCACUUGGGCCAGACCAAUACUUAGAGAUAAGGAUCGUUUGGAAGAACUUGCUGAUCCAAGGCUAGCAGGAAAGUACUCAAAGGAAGAUUUUGUACGGGUUUGCACAAUUGCUGCAGCUUGUGUUGCCCCAGAAUCAGGGCAACGGCCCACAAUGGGAGAAGUAGUGCAGUCACUUAAAAUGGUGCAGCGUAUCACAGAGUAUCAGGAUUCUGCAAUAACUGCCAACACCAGACCCAACCAUAGGCAGUCCUCUACUACCUUCGAGUCAGAUGGGACAUCUUCUAUAUUCUCUUCCGGUCCCUACUCUGGUUUAAGUGCCUUUGAUAACGACAACCUUGCUCGCACAUCUGUGUUAUCUGAGGAUCUUCAUGAAGGACGAUAAACAAUUUCAGAGUUCAGAAGAAGCAUUUGCCAUUUGAAGGCAGAGAAUUUGUAGAUGAUGGACACUGCCCCAAGGUUUUCUCUCUAUUUGGUGACUGUUUGGAAUUGUUAUUUUUGUAAUCACGUGUAGAGAACCAUUGUUCAGUUUUCCCCGGGGGGUGAUUAUUCUUCUGCAUGCUCGAUGGAAUUGUGUACAUAUGCCUGGUAGCUUUGUUUUGUUGUACUGGCUUCAAGGGUUUCUGAUCAAUUUCUUUUUUUAGUUGGCAGCUUAUGAUUUUUUGUGGUUCAUUCGUGUAACGGUUUAGGGUUGUUUCCGCUAAUUCCUGUCUCAAAAUAUGAGAAGUUGAAACUGCAUGUAGUUGUUUGGAGCAAAUUUCAGAAAUGU